AAAAGCUGUGAAGAUUCCUGGACGGAGUUGCAGCAGCAGACCGACUCCAACCAGCAGCAACUUCUCUUUACAGCUUCACCUGAGGUGCAUCCACCAUUAAUAGUUACUUUACUGUCACAAAAGCUGACUGUUUUACAUCAACCUACCAUAAAUUGUCACCAUCAUGGCUGACCAAAGUGCUAGUGCAUCCCCAUCUCCUGCCCCCCCUAUUCCCACUGGACGUCCUCCCAAGGUGGGCAACCGUGGACGCACCACCGGUCCAAUCGACAGCUCCAACUUUGAAACGACCGACAUCCCUGAGGUCGAGUACUUUGGUAUGCCUGGUCCAAGAGGACAUCCACCUCUGACAGAGUUUCUGGACAUCUGGGAUGUGGACAUGAUAAAGAGGCCUGAUGACAGCAAUAAGAUGAAUCACCACACCAUGCUGUUCAACUCUGACUAUCUUAUCGUCCGCAGAGGACAAGAGUUCCAGGUCAGGAUCACCUUCAAUCGUCCAUACAAACCUAAUGAAGACAAGUUCGCUGUGGAGUUUGUCAUCGGUUCCAGCCCUGAGUACAGCAAGGGCACCUACAUACCCGUCUUUCCCAGGAAGGAGCGUGAGAGCUCCUGGGAAGGACGUAUCAUAACGACCUCUGACAACGUGGUCACCGUGGGGAUAACCCCCAAGGCCGAUUGCAUUGUGGGGAAAUAUCACAUGUAUAUCGCAGUGGUGACACCUUUUGGUAUCCGUAGGACUAGACGGGACAGCAGCCGAGAUCUUUACAUCCUCUUCAAUCCCUGGGCGGAAGCUGAUGCUGUAUUUUUGGAUGAUGAGAAAGAGAGGGAGGAGUGUGUGAUGAAUGAGAUGGGGAUCAUCUAUCAUGGCGCCUACGAAGACGUUGCUGAGAGGAGCUGGAACUAUGGACAGUUCAAUUAUGGAGUCCUGGAUGCCUGUCUGUACGUCAUGGACAGGGCUGAGAUGCCCAUCACCAACAGAGGAGACCCCAUCAAGGUCACCAGAAAGGCUUCUGCCAUGCUGAACUCCCGAGACGACGAAGGCGUGUUAGUGGGGAACUGGAGUGGUGACUACACCUAUGGUGUGGCGCCUACUUCCUGGACUGGCAGCACAGACAUCCUGCUCAGCUAUGCCAACAGCAAGAUGCCUGUCUGCUACGCUCAGUGCUGGGUCUACGCCGCCGUCUUCAACACCUUCCUGCGCUGUCUGGGCAUCCCAUCUAGGGUUGUUACCAACUUCUACUCAGCUCAUGACAAUGAUGGAAAUCUGAAGAUGGACGUAAUCUUGGAUGAAAAUGGCAGAAUUGACCGAAACCGCACCAAGGACUCUAUCUGGAACUAUCACUGCUGGAAUGAGUGCUACAUGUCCAGACCAGACCUCCCUCUCGGCUUUGGAGGCUGGCAGGUUGUGGAUGCAACACCACAGGAGACCAGCGAUGGCAUGUUCAGAUGUGGACCUGCAUCAGUCAAGGCCAUCAAGCAUGGACAGAUUUGUUUCCAGUUUGAUGCUCCCUUUGUGUUUGCUGAGGUAAACAGCGAUGUGGUGUUUUAUUCCCGGAGGAAAGAUGGGACCAUGGAACCAGUCAAAGUGAACCAGACUCACAUCGGCCGCAUGGUUUUGACUAAAUCUCCAGGAGACGAGACACGCCGCGACAUCACAGAUCAAUACAAGUUCCCUGAAGGCAGCACAGAGGAACGGACAGUCCUGGAAAAAGCUGAGGAGUAUGGCUGUAAACGGGAAAAGUCCAGCCCACUUCUGGGUGAUGUGGACCUGAUCUUGCCAACCCUCGAGAUCAGCAUGGGUGAUGACUUCGAGCUGGAUGUGGAGUUCACAAACCGCAGCAACCAGCAGCGAACAGUGGAAGCCUACAUCAGCGGGAGCGUGGUGUAUUAUACCGGAGUCUCUGGUGAAGAAUUCCUGUUCAGGACCCCAAAUGUCAAAAUUCAGCCCCAAAAAAGUGUGAAGGAGUUGGUAAAAAUUGAGUCAAAGAGCUACAUGAAAUAUCUGGUGGAACAGGGUAACCUUCAUUUUAUUGUCACCGGGAAGAUCAAAGAGACCGGGCGGAUCAUCACUGCUAUGAAAGUCGUCACUCUCCACAAUCCCAAACUCAUCAUUGAGGUGUCUGGCAGAGGCAAAGUGAAUGAAGAGAUGAUGGCCACUGUGCAGUUUACAAACCCCUUCAGCUUCAGCCUUGAAGGGGUCUUCAUUCGUAUGGAGGGACCAGGGAUCAUGCCACCCAAGGAUAAAUAUUACAGUCUGAUCACAGGAGGCACCUCUCUGACCUGGACUGAGCUUUUCACCCCGCAAAGGGCUGGCAAAACCAGGUUGAUCGCUACUCUCGACUGUCCUGCUCUCAGGCAGGUCCACGGCCAAGCGUCAGUCACCAUCAAGGCCUGAGGACCGCUGCCACUGCCACCACAGCUGCCACCCACAGCGUCAUUCGGCUUCAGUUAUACCUUAGCCCAAAAACGGGCCUGUAACAUGUAGCUUGAGCUUUAGUAAUACAUGAUGGUUGUUUUAAAAUACCACAGAGGCAUAAUUAUAAAAAAAAAUAGUUCAGAAGGAUGGAUUUCUUAAAAAACAGUAUAAAGGAAUACAAUAGCAACUAAAUUAAAACAAGAGUGUUUUAUUUCAAGAAAAACAGGAUCUACUUAAAAAUUUUACUGUUCAAAUAUUUGAUUUUUUUUAAAGAUAGAUUUUUAAAGAUUUUUAAGAUUUUCGAGCUGCACUAAUUGAUGCCAUUAUAAAACUCAUGGUGCUAACAUGUUAGCAACUGAACAUCCAUAACCUGCUUUGAAUGAGUAUGUAUUUCCAGACAGAUUUUGGCUGGUCCUGUUAAUAGCAUGCACAUUUUCCCAUGGCCUCCUAAGUGGUAAUUAAAAUGUAUUCUUACAUAUUAAUAGCAGUUAUAGCUACAUUACAAUCAAAUAUCAACCAAAUUAAAGAUUAACUGCAGAAUUUUGUCACCUUGUCUAUAUAAAUAUAUUGUGUGUGUGUGUGUGUGUGUGUGUGUGUGUGUGUGUGUGUGUGUGUGU